AAAUAAUAGGUUCGUCUGAACUUUUAUCACUAUCUUUAUCUUACCUUUCCCUACUCUAUCAUGUCCACAGCCGUCACCCAAGACAAAUACCAAGCUGUCCGAGAAGACAUCGCCAAGAUCUUCCCCAAGGCAGACUAUGACGAUGGUUCAAUGGCCCCUGUCAUCCUUCGCCUUGCAUGGCACGCAAGUGGAACAUACUCCAAGAAUGAAAAGAAUGGUGGAUCCGACGGUGCUACCAUGCGAUUCAAGGCUGAAGCUGAAGACGGCGCUAAUGCCGGUCUUGACGUUGCUCGCCAAGCGCUUGAACCUGUCAAGGCUAAGCACGGAUGGAUUUCAUAUGCUGAUUUGUGGACUCUUGCUGGAUGCGUUGCUGUUGAAGAGAUGGGUGGUCCUCACAUCCCUUGGGCUGGUGGUCGUCGUGAUAAGGCUAGCGAGGCUGAUUGCCCCCCUAUUGGACGUCUUCCCGAUGGUGCUUUGGGCAAGAGCCACGUUCUUGACGUUUUUGUGCAACGUAUGGGUUUUACUGUUCAAGAGACUGUUGCCUUGAUCGGUGCUCACACUGUUGGUCGAUGCCACAAGGACCGCUCUGGUUUCGAUGGUCCUUGGACUGUCACCCCUACCCGUUUCUCCAACCAAUUCUUCAAGCAAUUGCUCAGCCAAGAGUGGGUCAAGCGUGAAUGGGAUGGUCCUACACAAUUUGAGAACAAGGGUGAUGCCGACCUUAUGAUGUUGUCGACUGAUAUGGCCCUUUUGGAACAACCUUUCCGCGAAUAUGUCGAGAUCUAUGCCAAGGACAAGCAGAGAUUCUUCGAUGACUUUACUUCAGCUUUCCUCAAGCUCAUCGAACUUGGUGUUGCCCGUCGCAGCAAGAUGUAAAAAAUAACAACACUCCCAAUGUGAUAAUUCCCCAUAACAACUUUCCUUAUUUUUA